CUGUAACAUUAUUUCGGCUUCAAAGAUCCACAAUUCUCAACAAUUUUCUAAAAACUUUGAGCAAUUCAAAUCCACUAAAAUUAGAAGUUCAUUUGGGUGUGCAACCUCGGAUGUGCCCUUGCGUCCACCACACUGUGGUUUCAGCAACGUAACGCAUACCAGGGUGGUUGGUGGUAGACCAGCUAAACUUGGCGCUUGGCCAUGGAUCGCUGCAUUAGGUUUUCGUAAUCCCCGAAACCCAGACAAACCACUAUGGAAGUGCGGAGGUUCCCUGAUAUCGGCUAGGCAUGUUUUGACCGCAGCACAUUGUGCACAUAUGGAUGGAAUAGAAAACAUACACAAUCAUAAUAUUGCCAUUCUUAGAUUGGUGGAGGAGGUGCCAUUUUCGAGGUACAUAUAUCCCAUUUGUACGAAAGAGCCCCUACGAAAGAGCAACUUCGUCGGCUAUAACCCCCUUGUUGCUGGAUGGGGAGCAUUAAGAUAUAGACGACCACAACGUAAUGCAUUAAUGGAAGUACAAAUGCCAAUGAUUAAGAACGCCGAAUGCAAAAUAGCUUAUUCCAAAUUUCCUAAUGCACCUGAUAUCACUGAUGGUAUAAUAUGCGCCGAACAUGCUCAGGGUGGAAAGGAUUCUUGUACGGCUGUUAAUCUGGAGGCUGGAGUACAAAGAAGUGGCACAAUGAUGUGGGCUGAUGACAUUUAUAAUUAUCAAGGAAUCACCCCUACAUUCGCUCAGAAUUUUAAUGAAACUGUCCCUUGGGAAGGAAGAACUGAUACAUUGAUAUCACGGUUUGUACAUCCUAUAUAUACAACAAAUUUUAGAACAUUAUAUAACGAAGAACCAGAUCAUCGUGGCCAUGUGAUGUGAAUAAAAGGACUUGAAUUUGAUGAUAUUUUUAUAAUGUUAGAUAACAUAACUAAGUAUUUUCACAGUAAGAUAGGAUGACAUGGUUUACAUGAUCUUAAUGUUGUUCACUUGAGUGAUGAUGUUAUAAGGAAAAGUGUAAUAUCACAGGUGCACACGCAGAUUUGUUGGAGUUCUUAUAAAAUGUACUUCCUGUACGAACGUUUUAUUCUUCCAAAUUUUACGAUACUAUGUCUCAUAUAAUAACUAUAUGGAUUAAACGUAAUAUAAAUGAUCCGAAAAUAGACUCGAACGACAUUAAUUGUCUUUCUAUUUAUACCAAUAUCGAGAAUACAAGUAAAGCUGGAGCAAUAGUAUGCAAGAAUGGACUAUUUAUUAUUUUAAACCAAAUCAUAGCAUAUUCAGAAUGCACAGUAUUAUCAUGAAAUGUAAAUGAAUCAGUUGUAAACGAACGAUUUUACUGUAAAAUCAUUGCCUCCUUUUUUUCAUCUGAAAUAUAGCAGCAAGUACUCAUUCUUUUGAUAUAUAAUAAAACGAGAUAUCUUUAUAAAGUUACAUAUGUCAUCACUGGUAACUGUUAUCUCGUAUGACACCAAAUAUACCGUUAGUAUGGAAUGAUAUUUUUAUGAAGAUAUACUUUAAUGAUAGAUUUUAUGAAUGAAACGUUAUAUAAGAAAAAUUAUCUCUUGUUAUUCUAUGAAGUGUAGUAGCUAAUGAAGAUUAAUUUUACGAAGUAUUAGAGCAAAAGAGAAUUAAAAAAUUAAAAAGAUCUAAAUAAGA